GUUUGUAAACUAACCUUAUUCAACAUUUCAUCGCUCGAACAAAUUUUACAGAUUAAAAGCGAUUUUAUAUAAUAAAAUUAUUAUUUAUUAGAAAAUUUGAAUACUUAAUAAGCUUAAAAUGAUACGCCGACAAAGAGUAUUGCUAACGCAACUACAGAAUGUGUUCACUAAACGUGGUAUUACGUACAAAAAUCUGCUAGCACUUAAAGGACGUGGGUUCUUUCAAGACAUUUUUCCCGAUACCGCCAACGAACAGAUGAAAGCGCUCUUCACAAGCGGUGCACAAACGAUAUACGCCGGCUUUGAUCCAACUGCUAAUAGUUUACAUGUUGGCAAUUUGUUGGUGAUAAUGGGUUUGCUGCAUUGCCAACGUGCUGGUCACAAUCCCAUUGCACUGGUUGGUGGCGCGACCGGCUUGAUAGGCGACCCUAGUGGACGCAAAACGGAACGCAAUCAAAUGGGUGAAACAGAAAUCGAAACAAAUUUGAAGGGCAUUAAAAGUCAAUUGGAGCGUAUAUUCAAAAAUCAUCAAGACUGUCUGUGGGAUGACAAAAAAUAUAAGCAUAAACUGCCUGAAUUACGUGUCGUCAACAACGCCGACUGGUAUGCCAAUAUAAAUCUCAUCGACUUCAUAGCCAAUAUGGGUCGUCAUUUCCGUAUGGGCUCCAUGUUAUCGCGCUCAUCUGUACAAACGCGCUUGGAGUCGGAGGGUGGCAUGAGUUUCACAGAGUUCACUUAUCAAAUCUUCCAAGCCUACGAUUGGUUGCAUUUAUGUCGUGCCUACGAUUGCCGAUUCCAAAUGGGCGGCUCCGAUCAGAUGGGUAAUCUGAUGACAGGUCAUGAGCUAAUAAGUCGUGUGGUUAAAAAGCCAGUCUUUGGCAUGACACUGCCGUUGGUAACCAACGAAGAAGGUGAUAAAUUUGGUAAAUCUGCUGGAAAUGCUGUGUGGCUGGACGAGGAGAAGACCUCUGCAUUUGCACUCUACCAGUUCUUUGUGCGCAUGCCGGAUUCUGAGGUGGAAAAACUAUUAAAACUCUUCACAUUCAUACCGCUGCCGGAGGUGGAGCUAUUGAUGCGUGAGCAUAAAAAGGAACCAGAGAAGCGUAAAGCGCAAAUUUUGUUAGCCGAAGAUGUGACUCUAUUAGUGCAUGGCGAAAAAGGUCUGAAGCAGGCUGAGCGCAUAACAGAGGCAUUGUAUAAAGGUAGUGUGGAAGCGUUGGGGGAACUGAAUUACGAGGAAGUGAAACAGACAUUCGCCGGUGCUAAAGUGGUAGACAUACUAGCCGAACCAGGCAUGUCUAUGCUGCAGUUGGCAAUGAAAGCGAAAUGCUUCAACAGUGAAAGUGAUGCAAUGCGCAUUAUAGCCGCUGGUGGCUUUUACAUUAACCAAAAGCGUGUGCAAAAUAUCGCUGAAAUUAUUUCGCAAGGCAUACAUGUGCUGAAAAAUGGACUCUCACUGCUGCGUGUGGGGAAGAAGAAUUUCUACAUUGUACGCUGGCUUAAAUAGUCGUAGGUACACAUUGUUGUUACAUUUGUAAAGUCAUAAAAAAUUCGAAAUUUGUCGAAAUUUAAUCUCACGACGUAUUUGUUUCAGUAAAAUAGCAGUUUUUAUUAAUAAUUGUAACUACAAUGGCAAAUGUU